GAUUAAGAGACAUUCCAAACAUGAAUUCAAAAUGGCUGCGUUGUGUUUAUCAAAAGCAAAAUGCAAAACUAAGAUUAAUUUGCUUUCCCUGGGCUGGUGGAGGAGCGGCGUUCUAUGCCAACUGGGGUAAAAAGUUUGCAAGCGAAGUAGAAGUGCAUGGAGUUUGUUUGCCUGGUAGAGAGAGUAGGUUCAAGGAAUCUUUCAUUAUUGAUGACUGGGAAUCAUUUUUAAGUGAUUUCUGUGAGGAUGUUCUGGAGAUUUUAAAAGGAAAGCCAUUUGCAUUUUGGGGUCACAGUCUGGGAGCCAGAUUGUGCUUUGAAGCAGCAAAGUACCUGAAACUGUACUACAACUCACAGCCAGUUCACUUGCUAAUAUCAUCAGCAACUGCACCCCAGGUGGCAAAAAUAACACUAGAUGUUUCAACUCUAACUGAUGAUGAUUUGAUUAAAAAAAUCAGCAGCUGGGGAGGAACACCAAAAGUAUUGACAGAGAGCAAAGACAUGAUGAAGAUAGCUGCACGUGUGUUAAGAGCUGAUCUCACGCUGCUGCAGAACUACAGGUGACACGGAAAUGUCCAUCCUACCCACCCUCUGU